AACACAAUCACCUUCAAAACAAAUUCAUCUGUUAUUAUAUAACUGCUAUAUAACAUCUUCCAUCGUCAUAGCUGAGCGGCCUGCUUACUCACUUCAGCUUGGCUUGCUCUCCGCCUGCGCGCUCUCCGUCACCUGCUUGUUCUUGUUCUUGUUCUCCAGGUGGCAGUCUUUCGAUCUGCCUUUUCAUUCAGCUACACCACAACUCGCCACCUACCUAAAACGGAGUAUUUGACGAUUUCGACUAUCGCCAUACGACUGCCUAAAUCUCCAUCGCACCAGACGAUCUACACCCAGGCGAAAGAGUCGACCCGACGAACUACCUAACCUAACUCAACCUACCUCCCCGCAUCCGCAUUCCAAGCACACUACAAUACAACAGACGAUCUGCUAUUCCUCGUGCGAUAUCUAUUUGGUAAACGAUCGGGUUGGACCAGGAAACGGAUAUUUCAGAUAAAUUAAUAAAGAGAAGGGCCGAUGUUUCGCGCACAGCAGAACCAUUUCGACGACGCUGUCGCCAAAGCGACAGACGAGAAUCUGACGUCGGAGAACUGGGAAUUCAUUCUUGAUGUCUGUGAUAAAGUUGCUGCGGAAGAAUCUGGCGCAAAGGAUGCCGUGGCUGCGUUGAUUAAGAGGCUGGCGCAUAGGAAUGCAAAUGUCCAGUUAUACACUUUGGAGCUUGCCAAUGCUUUGGCGCAGAACUGUGGCCCGAAGAUUCAUCGGGAGUUGGCGUCCAGGAGUUUCACUGAUGCUUUGCUGCGCCUUGCUAAUGAUCGGAACACCCACCAGCAAGUCAAGUCGAAGAUUCUCGAGCGUAUGGAAGAAUGGACCGAGAUGUUCGCCAACAACCCCGAUUUCGGAAUCAUGGAGCAGGCAUACAUGAAGCUCAAGACAAUUAAUCCCAACCUACAGCCUCCUUCGAAGCCAGGCAAACGCGAAAUCACCGACGUCGACCGCCAACAGGAAGAGGAGGAAUUGCAGAUGGCGUUGGCGCUUUCGAUCAGGGACAAGCCCGCACCAGGAGGUCCGGGACCACAGGCCGAAUCCAGCUCGUCCGCCGCUGUCUCCGCUCCUCAAACGUCACCGCCAGUGCAGCAGCAGCAGCAGCAGCAACAACAACAACAAGCGCAGGUGCAGGCACAAGCUCCUGUCCCCCUCCCGUCGGGAACCUCAGCUGCCACCAUUUCGCGCGUGAGGGCAUUGUAUGAUUUCCAGCCUUCGGAGACUGGCGAAUUGCAGUUCCGGAAAGGAGACAUCAUUGCUGUCCUGGAGUCUGUGUACAAGGACUGGUGGAAGGGUUCGCUGAGAGGCCAGACCGGGAUUUUCCCCCUUAAUUAUGUCGAGAAGCUUCCCGAUCCGACAGUCGAUGAAUUGCAGCGCGAGGCUCAGAUGGAGGGCGAGGUGUUCGGUCAGAUUAAGAACGUGGAGAAGCUGUUGACGCUGCUGAGCACGCGUAAUGCCGGACCGAAUGCGCAGGAUAAUGAGGAGAUUACUACGCUAUACCAUUCGACUUUGGCCAUUCGACCUAAGUUAAUUGAGUUGAUUGGAAAAUAUUCGCAGAAGAAGGACGAAUUUACCCAACUGAACGAAAAGUUCAUCAAGGCGCGACGUGAUUAUGAGGCGCUUUUGGAGGCAUCUAUGGCACAGCCUGGGCAGACAUCUUAUGCUAGACCUGGUCAACCCCCUUACGGAUAUCCUGCCGGGUUUUCUCAGGGACCUCCACCUCCACAGGCUGAUCCCAACCGCUACUUUAGCCCGCGCCCUCAAGACUCUCAACCGCUGCACCCUGGUGCAUCUCCUUACUAUGGCGGAGAGCAAACGGGUUACCCACCAGCUUCGCAAUCCCCCGAUCCUCGCAACCGCACACCCUCCGGCGGCUCCCCCUACCAGCAACCCCAACAACCCCCAACAGACGCAUACCAACCAGUCCACCACCGCCCACAAUCCACUUUCGACCACCCCCAAGAACUCGGAACAUCCAUCUACGACUCCCCCAUCGACCGCCCCGCCGCCCAACAACUUCCCUAUCCACCCGGCGGCGGACAAGUCCCACCAGUCAUGCAACGCUUCCAACAACAGCAGCAACAGGCCCAGGCCCAACAAGAGUACUCGCCAUCGGCCUACUCUCCAGAGGAGCCUAGCAGCCAGGCCCCCUAUCCUACAGCUCCAGGCGCGCCCACGCAUCAGCCUCCCCCUGUUCCUACAGGUGCAUCAGCGAAGCCUACCACGCCUUAUCCGUCUUUAACGCCAGGUGUGUCGAAUGGGGAGGGCUAUCAGGCUUAUAAUCCGUCGAGUUCGAAUCCGAAUUUAUUUUACCGGUGAGCGGUCGGCAUGGAUUGAAGUGUGAUUUGCUGCUGGUUUAACUAGGCUGUUGUCGAUUAGGUGGUGGUAAUAUGGGAGGUUGCGUUGCUUGUGAAAUGUUUAUAGGUUAUUCGGUAUGCUUUUCUUUACUGCCUUGAUAUCUGGCGUAUGCAUUUGUUCUUAGCCCGUAUAAGCUGUUGAAUUUAUCCAGGGUACAUGCGCUUGGGUCUAUUUGAUACAAUGCUCAGAUAAAGCAACAUCCAAGGCCGACGAGGCCGACAAAUGUGUAUAGCGCAGCCACUUACUAACAAUUAAUAAAGAUGAUUAUUACAAAGCCAUAGAC